GCCACGGACUCGAACACGGCACCGGUGGAAGACGGAGAUCCUGCAUAGCAACAAACCGGUUUCACGGCAUUGUCGUGAUGACCAGCACUGGUAACCAGAAAACCGAGUGGACUACCUGGACUGCAACCAUCAUACCAGACCUGAAGCUGGACAGCUGGAACUGAUCAACUUCAUACCAGAGCUUCCUGAGACAGUACUUUGUGUAGAGCUACAGCUGGGCGGUCUACAACAUCAUUUGAUUUUGAAAUAACGGCCCAACAUCGGCACGGGCAUGAAAGCAGCAUCAGAGUCCAUCCUGUAUCUGGACAGUCCAAGGCCGAGGUCAAGAUUGUGUUCUGCAGCCACGGAAAUGUGGAAGUGGCCUUGAGCCAAUAGUUGCAAACAUCAUAAAACACUGGAUUAAAGCACCAAUGAAAGACUGAAGUUUUAAGAAUUUUUAAACAUUUAACAGACUUGUGAUUCCCAGAUGAAAGUGGACUAGUUUCCCAUUUGUCCAAACUUACAUGCACAAGAGGGCAUGACUGAAAAUCCACCCAGAUUCUUUAAUCUGGAUUACCGAUGCUGUACUUGGGUUACAGAGUUCAGGUACUACAACUGAGACAGCAAAAUAUCACAACCAGGUUCUUCAUGGUUCUUUGGUUAGGUUGACUGGACCUCAGUACCGGCCCUCUUGCAAGGAGUUGCUGGUACUUGAACAACAGAAUCUAAAGCCAUAAUUUUCUACAACUACAACCAGAUGCACAAAAAGUUGUCUUCUGUCAGUAAAAAGACCUGGUUCCACAAACAUCCCUGGUUAUGAAAACCAGACUACUACUGCGGUGACAGUUACAAACAAACCAUCAGGAUUUAUAUCCCUGAACAAAUGAACAUUACCCAUCAGCGACUCAGCUGAACAAUCCCAGAUCAUUAAUCACAAUGUCUCUGAGCAGUAAAACGAUUGAACUGGAGCAUUUUGACAAACGUGACAAAGUCCGUCGUGGACGCUCGCCUCGCACCAAGAGGGAUGACUCCAGUAGUAGUGCUGGCGGUGGCGGCGGAUCCGGCCCCAGCUCCCGGGGCAGUAGCCUGGUUCCUAGCCCUGCACACAGCGCCAACUGUAGCUAUUAUCGGACUCGAACCCUCCAGGCACUUACAUCGGAGAAAAGGGCCAAAAAGGUCAGGUUCUACCGUAACGGAGAUCGGUACUUUAAGGGUCUGGUGUAUGCGGUUUCCAGUGACCGGUUCCGCUCAUAUGAUGCGCUGUUGAUGGAGCUGACACGUUCAUUGGCUGAUAACCUGCAUCUGCCUCAAGGGGUGCGUGUGAUCUACACCAUCGAUGGCAGCAAGAAGAUCACGAGUAUGGAUGAGCUGGUGGAAGGUGAAUGUUACGUUUGCGCCUCCAAUGAGCCUUACCGGAAGGUCGACUACACCAAGAUCUCCAUCCAGAGCUGGAAGCCUGGUGCCAGCACCGGGAUCAGCACCGCUGGCUCAGGCUCGGGCUCGGGCUCAGGCUCAGGCCAUUCCGCGGCAUCGGCGGGAGUGUCUGUGAGUACAGCGCCCAGCUCCAAAGAACGUCCCGAAGGCCGAGAGGGCAGAGAGAGCAAAGACUUCAUCAAGCCCAAGCUGGUGACGGUCAUUCGCAGCGGUGUGAAGCCUCGCAAGGCGGUGAGGAUCCUGCUGAACAAGAAGACGGCCCACUCCUUCGAACAAGUGCUGGCUGACAUCACUGAGGCCAUCAAGCUGGACUCGGGUGCGGUGAAGCGGCUGUACACGCUGGACGGGAAACAGUUGACGUGUCUGCAGGAUUUCUUCACCGAUGAUGACGUGUUCUUGGCGUGUGGCCCGGAGAAGUUCCGCUAUGCCCAGGAUGACUUUGUGCUGACACAUAGCGGCAAAUCGCAAGCCUUCGUCAACGAAUGCAGAGCAAAGGUGUCUCGAUCCACCGCCCCUCAGAAGACAACAAUUCCCAAGACUCCUAGUAGCUCUGCCUUGCCCUCCUCUAAGACGCCUCCAAAACCACCACCCAGAACAAAAUCACCUGGACCAGCCAAUGAGGCCUCUGGACCGCAGUCACCAGGGAAAGCAUCGAGGUCUAGCCCCUCCCCAACCAGUCCUGGAACAAGACGCAGCCUCAAGGUGUCUCCUCAUCGAGCCUCAUCCACAGACAUGAACGGGGAGGCGGAGCCACCCGAUGACACCACUGUUGAAGUAAACGGUAAUCGCUGCAUUUCUUCAUCCACCAUAAAUGAGAAGUACAAAAUUGGCAAAGUCAUAGGAGACGGGAACUUUGCUGUGGUGAAAGAAUGCGUGGAGAGGUCGACGGGUCAAGAGUUUGCUCUGAAGAUAAUUGACAAAGCUCGAUGUUGUGGGAAGGAGCACCUGAUAGAAAAUGAAGUGGCAGUGCUGCGACGGGUUCGACAUCCCAGCAUCAUCCAGUUAAUCGAGGUGGACGAAACGCCCACUCAGCUCUUCCUGGUCAUGGAGCUUGUAAAGGGCGGCGACCUUUUUGAUGCCAUCACAUCCUCCACCAAGUGCAGCGAGCGCGACGCCAGUGCCAUGGUGUACAAUCUGGCCGGAGCCAUAAAGUACUUGCACAGAAUGAACAUCGUCCACCGAGACAUCAAACCAGAGAACCUGCUGGUUUGUGAGUAUCCAGACGGCACAAAGUCAUUGAAGCUGGGAGACUUUGGUUUGGCAACGGUGGUGGAAGGACCGCUGUACACGGUGUGUGGGACGCCAACAUAUGUUGCCCCAGAGAUCAUUGCGGAAACCGGUUACGGGCUAAAGGUGGAUAUCUGGGCGGCGGGAGUCAUCGCCUACAUCCUGCUGUGUGGGUUUCCGCCCUUCAGAAGUGAGAAUAAUGUCCAGGAAGAGCUGUUUGAUCAGAUCCUCAGAGGGAAGCUGGAGUUCCCGUCUCCAGAUUGGGACAACAUCAGCCUGCCUGCCAAGAUGCUGAUUAGCCAGAUGCUGCAGGUAAACGUGGAUGCUCGCUUCACUGCUGAGGAAGUCCUGUCGCACCCAUGGGUGACGGAUGAGACCCCGAUAGACUCCAACACUGUGAGCAGCACUGAAGAUCAGCACAGUGAAGACACCUUGGAGCCAGAUCAGGAAACUCCACUGCUGGAAACCAAACAGGUUCCUUCACCAUUGGUCUAGAACAUGUCUAAUGGAAUUACCUCCCGUCUAGUCUACAACACAUUAUUCCUGCAACCGGGCAUCAAACAAGUUCCUAACUACUGGAUAGCAACUCAUUUCAUCUACUGGAACCCAAAUAAGUUGGCAGGUCUAGAACGUAUUUAGCUUCACCUCCUGGAAACUAAAACACUGUAUAUCAUAUCCGGAUGGAACCAUCUUGAUGUUUUUUUUGCCAGAUACUGAACAAGCACCUUCAGCUCCAGUCCAGAACACACCCCUUUUCAUACAAUGGAACCGAAUGAGUUGGCAUCCAACACUUGAUUUUCAACUGGAAGCCAAACGUAUUCUCCCUGUGCUAGACCAGAAUAUGUUUACGGGAAUUAAAGAUUUACAGUCGCACACCUCAUUUCUUCACAUGGAAUCCAUCUUAGUUCCAGGCAACAUUAUCCCACGGCAGCCAAAACCUGUUGCAUCCCUUAUGGUCUACUCUACAACAUGUACUAUUUAUCAACUAGACACCAAACAAGUUCCCUUAGCAAAUAACACUGAAAACGACUCAUCUCAUGAAAACCAAAUUUCUGCUCUUGUAAACCAAACACAUUUUCUUUCUUGUUGGUUUGAAUACUUCUAGUUUCUUAUAUUGAAAAGAGACACAUUCCUUUCAUCACUUAGAUGCCAAAAGAAUACCUUCAGCUCUGGUCAAGAAGAUGGUUAGUCACCAUUCAUUAGAUAUCAAAUAAUCUCCUUCACAUAGAUCUUGUAAACGUCUCAGUUAAUCUAUUAGAACUCAAACUAACUCAAUAUAUUUUCAGCUUUCAUUGAUGUACCUGAGAUGUGACAGAAUUAUGCUAAAUAUAACACCACCUAUAGGUCAUCCAUAAAUGGUACACUUA